AUGAUGAAAAUAACAAAAUAUUGCAUAAAAACUAUUCUACGUGUCCCGACUAAAGUUAGGUUAUUUUCAUUAAUGUCUAAAACAUGCUUUGACUUUAAAUUGUGUUCUUUACGGUUAAAAAUGAACUGUGCAAAUUCAAGACCGUUUACUGUGCUCGUAGAAGGUAAUAUAGGAAGUGGAAAAACUACUUUCUUAGAGCAUUUUAGGCAAUUUGAAGAUAUAACUCUGUUAACGGAACCAGUAGAAGAAUGGCGCAACCUCAAAGGCUGGAAUCUUUUGGAUUUGAUGUAUAGCGACCCUGCAAAAUGGGCGAUGACUUUCCAAGCGUAUGUGUCUCUUACUAUGCUGGAAAUGCAUCGCAGACCGACAAGCACUCCAGUUAAAUUGAUGGAACGUUCUAUCUUUAGUGCAAAGUACUGUUUUGUAGAACAAAUGAAGAGGCUAGGCACACUACAUCCUGCACAAUUUGCAGUUCUAGAUGAGUGGUUUAAAUUUAUCAACACAGAGAUUCCAGUUGAAGCUGACCUCAUAGUGUAUCUCAAGACUACCCCAUCUAUAGUUUAUGAUAGGAUUAAAAAACGGGCUCGUUCAGAAGAGCAGUGUGUUCCACUGAGCUAUAUAGAAGAGCUACACAAAUUACAUGAAGACUGGCUUAUUAAUAGAACUCAUGCUGAUUGCCCAGCGCCUGUAUUAGUAUUAGACGCAGAUCUUGAUUUAUCUCAAAUAACUGAAGAAUAUAAGAAAAGUGAACACCAAAUCUUAAGAAAAGCUGUAAAUGUUGUUAUGCAAUCACCGAACAAGUUGAGCCCAAAGAAACCAAUCAAUAGUGAUGCUAUUCAGAUUGCUCCUAAGAUAAGAUUAUAA